GUAGGGGGCACCAAAUCAUUCCGUAGCUUUUUGUGGUGUAGAGGAAGAAUUGGAUCCCUCUAGCAUUAAACCACCUAGCUGAAGUUUAGGUAGUUGAACGUCAUAACACUAAUAUAAUGUUUACAUUUAAAAGCAGGGAAGUUAAUACAUUGUUUGGCUAAACUAAAAAAAGAUAUUCGAUCUAUUUUCUUCUUUUUUUUGUUGCUCUAAGCUGAUAGUUUUGGGGGCGCAAAGUGAACUGCUAGUCAUCCAGCUAGCCUUGUGGAGCUAGCUCAGCUGUCAGCUGUUUGUUUUUGUUUCUGUUAAACUGCUCUCUUUCCCUUUUAACACAUGAGUGUUUCGCUGGUUGUUAUCCGUCUGGAAAUAGCCGACCGGUCUCCUUUUCCACGAGGUUUUCAAUACUCUGCUGUUGAAGGCAUGUCCGAGGAGGAGCUCCGGGAAAAAAGUCUCGGUUUAGCCAAACAUGCCCUGAGUGGGAAGAGUGAGCUGGAGCGAGCAGCCAUCCUGCACCAGCAUAUGGGCAGCAGAUCCGUGGGGGACAUGGUGAUAGAAACCUAUGAGCCCGCCUCAGCAAGAAGUGACGAAGGAAGCAGCAGUCCUCAGAGUGCGCAGACUGAGACCCCAGUUUCCCAGGAGACCAGCGGCGCCUCGCAGGCGGCUCCGGACUCGCCCUCCAAGCAGCUACCAGAACAGAUCUCCUUCUUCAGCGGGAAUCCGUCGGUGGAGAUCGUCCAUGGCAUCAUGCACCUCUACAAGACCAAUAAGAUGACGUCGCUGACUGAAGACGUGCGGCGCAGCGCCAUGGUGUGCAUCCUGACCGUGCCGGCCACCAUGACCAGCCACGACCUCAUGAAGCUCAUGGCUCCGUUCAACGACGUCAUGGAGCACAUGAAGAUCAUACGGGACUCCACUCCCAACCAGUACAUGGUUCUCAUCAAAUUCUCCUCUCAGGGCGACGCCGACAGCUUCUACACGGCCUGCAACGGACGCCAGUUCAACUCCAUCGAGGAAGCAGUGUGCCAGCUGGUCUACGUGGAGCGAGCGGAGGUCAUAAAGUCUGAGGACGGAGCCAGCCUGCCGGUGAUGGAGCUGACCGAGCUGCCGAAGUGCACCGUGUGCCUGGAGAGGAUGGACGAGUCGGUCAACGGCGUCCUCACCACCCUCUGCAACCACAGCUUUCACAGCCAGUGUCUCCAGCGGUGGGAAGACGCCUCGUGUCCGGUGUGUCGGUACUGUCAGACGCCAGAGCCGGUGGAAGAGAACAAAUGCUUUGAGUGCGGCGUGCAGGAGAACCUGUGGAUCUGUUUGAUCUGCGGGCACAUCGGCUGCGGGCGCUACGUCAGUCGUCAUGCCUACAAGCACUUUGAGGAAACGCAGCACACCUACGCCAUGCAGCUCACAAAUCACCGUGUGUGGGACUACGCUGGAGAUAACUACGUGCACCGCCUGGUGGCCAGUAAGACCGACGGGAAGAUGGUGCAGUUUGAGUGCGAAGGAGACACUUGCCAAGAUGAGAAAAUAGAUGCUCUCCAGUUGGAGUACUCCUACCUGCUGACCAGCCAGCUGGAGUCCCAGAGGAUCUACUGGGAGAACAAGAUCGUUCAUCUGGAGAAGGAGACGGCCGACGAGAUCAACAACAUGAAGGCGAAGUUUAAGGAGACCCUGGAGCGCUGCGACAACCUGGAGCAGCGAUUCGGAGAAAUAAGCAAAGAGAAGCAGAGCUUAGAGAAGAAGUGCACUCAGCUCAACGGUCGAGUGCUGAAGCUGAGCCAGGAGCUGAAGGAGGAGCAGGAGAUGAACCGCUGCCUGAGAGCCAACCAGACGCAGCUGCAAGCCCAGCUGGCCGAGGAGGAACGCAAAGGAAAAGAGAGCGGCGAGCGAAAGGACGUGGUGAUAACGGAGCUGCAGGAGCAGCUGAGAGACGUGAUGUUCUACCUGGAGACGCAGCAGAAGAUCGAACAGCUGUCCUCCGAGGCCCGCAGCGAAAUCCAGGAGGGCCACAUCAACAUCCCGGCCGGCCAGGCGGACGGCGCCCUGGGCCCGGACGGAGCGGGCCCCUCGUCAGGGCGGGGCCGCCGAGGCCGGGGCAGGAAGAGGAAGUAGGCAGGAGCCCCAAUCUGCUGGAACGCAUUCAGGAACCACUGACUGCAAGUCUUUCACUGCUGAGCUGUGGAGUUCCUUCAGCCUCCUGAGGAGGACAGCUGGACGGAACAGCAACCAUGUUUUCAGCUUAAACGUUCGACUUUAAAGUAGCUUUCAAAAGGAAAAGUGGGACAUCUCACAGAUUUUGUGAGGAUUCAGCUAUUUCCUUUUAGUAUUGCUGCUUUGGUUAAAUAGAGUGUUUUAUCUGUUUAAAUAAGUGCUUGAAGAUAAAACAAGCCUGAUAAAAUUAUCUGAAAUCAUAUUUUGCCAGAAGCGUGAAAUCAGGUCGAUAAGCAGGAGCCAUGCAGAAGGAAGAUCAAAUUUCCCUUUUUUACAUUUCUCAGUCAGUGUUAACACUCCACAGGAAGGCAGGAAAAUAUAGACGGAAAAACAUUUAAUCAGUAAUAUUCAUAGAUUUUUUUAUGAUCAGUAAUCCACUGUGACAAGCUGAGCGGAACGGACUUUCUGCCCGAGUGAGUUCAUUUUAUCUUAGUGUUGCUUUUUUUAUUUUUAGAUCAAAGUUUCAACAUUUUUUUUGUAAAUAAUAAAAAAAAAGAAAUGGUAAAGAUUUUCUCUUAUUAUUUUUUAUUUUUAUUCUGCUCUAUUACUAGCACUGCUGCAUAUGACAGUACAUUGGGACCAUUGUAGGAAAAAAAAGAAAUUUCCUUCAGAAAACUCAGAUUUUGAGAUUCACAGAAAUGUUGAAAUUUUGCUAGAAA